GUUACACCACCACAGUGAAGAGACACGAGUAAGAUCCAGUCUGCCUGUUCUGUCUAUCCGCACUGCUGAGCUCCAGAUGGGUUUAAAAGUGUGAUCAUGUCAGCACUGAUUGUCUCCUCACUGCUCAGGACCUGUGCUCGCAGCAUCGGGUCUGUGGAUGUGGUCCAACACAGGACAUGGUGGAGGUCUUACAUAACACACUUACUCCAGUGGCGUCGGUCAUUUCAUGUGGACGGCCCUCCUCAGACACCCUCACUGACCAGCAGCUACGUGCACGGCUCCUCCUCCAUCCCUCUGCUCCCCCUGACAGUGGGUGAGGUUCUGGACACCACGGUCCAGCGCUGGCCCGAUCGUGAAGCUGUGGUCUUCCUGCAAGACGACAUUCGCAAAACCUUCACCCAGUUUCAACAAGAUGUUGAUAAAGUGGCUGCAGGUCUUCUUGCUGUGGGUCUGAAACCAGGUGAUCGACUGGGAGUUUGGGGACCGAACACGUAUGAGUGGAUCCUUUUCCAGUUUGCUUCAGCCAAAGCCGGCAUCAUUCUGGUGUCAAUAAAUGUGGCCUAUCAAGUGAAGGAGGUGGAGUUCACUCUAAAGAAGGUUCAGUGUAAUGCUGUGGUCUGCCCCGCCCACUUUAAAACCCAGAGGUUCUGUGAGAUGCUGAAGGAGAUCUGCCCUGAGAUCAUCGCAACACCAGCAGGAGCCAUCAACUGUUCCAGAUUGCCUGACUUGCGCAUGGUGAUUGUGACUGACACCAGGCAGCCCGACAUGCUCCAUGUGGAGGACGUGAUGCAGGCAGCGGACAGUCGGCACCACAAAGAGCUGGUGGAUCUACAGAGAAAGCUGUCUUCAGAUGACCCAAUCAACAUUCAGUUCACAUCGGGGACGACAGGGAAUCCAAAGGGAGCCACUCUUUCUCACCACAAUAUCGUAAACAAUGCCUACUUUUUUGGCCUGCGUGUGGGUUAUGGAUGGAGACCCAAGGUGCGAGCGUGUGUCCCGGUACCCAUGUACCACUGCUUUGGCCAGUAAUCGGAGGAAUGUGUUAUGGCAGUGCACGGCAUCACGCUGGUCUUUCCGUCACCCAGCUAUGACUGUCGUGCCAACCUGCAGGCCAUUCAGAAUGAAAGGUGCACAUUUAUCUACGGCACUCCCACAAUGUUCAUUGACUUGAUAAACCAACAACAACUGCAUCAGUAUGACCUGUCAUCAGCUGAAGCGGGGAUUAUUGGAGGUUCUGCCUGUCCUCCACAGGUUGUGAGAAGACUGAAGACGGACAUGAACAUCAAAGAAGCUGUGAUUGCUUAUGGAAGCACUGAGACCAGUCCUGUCUCAUUUUUGGGAUUCCCACUGGACAAUGAGGACCUAAAAUUCAAUACUUGUGGAUGUAUCAUGAACCACACUGAGGCGAAAGUGGUCGAUCCCUCUACGGGGGAGAUUGUCCCACUGGGCAUCACAGGAGAGCUGAUGGUCAGAGGCACUUGUGUGAUGCAUGAGUACUGGGACGAUCCUGAGAAAACCAGAGAGGUUAUCUGCAAAGCCCAUUGGUACAGGACGGGCGACAUCGCCAGUCUGAAUAGUUUAGGUUACUGCCGUAUUGAAGGACGUAUAAAGGACAUGAUCAUCCGAGGAGGAGAGAACAUCUACCCUGUUGAGGUUGAGAAGUUUCUCCACACUCAUCCCAAAGUGCAAGACGUGCAGUUGGUUGGAGUGAAAGAUGAGCGGCUGGGAGAGCAGGUGUGCGCCUGCAUCAAGCUGAAAAAAGGCCAAACCUGCAGUCUGGAGGAGAUACAAGGGUUCUGCAAAGGCCAGAUUUCUCACUUUAAGAUCCCACACUAUGUGGUGUUUGUGGAUCACUACCCCAUGACAGCCACUGGAAAGAUCAAAAAGAACAAAUUGCAGCACUUAAUGGAGACGAAACUGGGACUUUAACUUGUGGUUCUGAUGGAAACAUCUGGAAUCCAGGUGAGAUGAUUGAUGACCUCUGAG